ACACUGCAGGCUGCCUUCACGGACCUGCCGCUUCAAGAAGAAGGAAGUGAUCCUCCCUUCGGAUUUUCAUUGUGUACAGACAGUGGUAUCUGUAGCUUCUUAUCAGUAUCAAUGCAGCGUUUCAAACUGAACCCCUAAAGAAACCAGCGGUGGAGCAGCAGCUACUCUCUUUACACUGGAUGAUAUUUGGACUCUAAGCCAAACUGAAGUCGUGUUGGAGACUGGACUUUUUCUUUCGAUGAAACGUCAUGGGUACACAAGGACAUCACAGCUCAAUCUCAGAGGAUCCUGAUCUGACAGUGGGGACGGAGAGGGGUAAAACACUGAAGCACUUUCCUUCAUAUGGCUCCACGAAUGGAAACUCAACAGGAGACACCUGUCCCACAUGUCGCGGGACCGGACGAAUUCCCAGAGGACAUGAAGACCAGCUGGUAGCUGUGAUACCAUGCAAUGAUGUGAGGCUGAAACCCAGACGCACGAAGCUGUAUGUGUGCAUCUCCAUGGCCGUGUGUCUCUUGCUCUGCUGUCUGAUCCUCUUCUUCCUCUUCCCCCGGAGCAUCACCCUCACACCCGUGUCUGUGCUGUCAGUCAUGGUCUACUUCACCCCAGACACAGUUGAUAUGGAGGUCACGAAUCUCAUCAACAUCACCAACAACAACUUUGUCCCGGUUCAGAUCGUUGAGUUUAACGUGCAGGGUUUGGUCACCGACAUAGUUGUGGGCAAGACCAAGAUAUCGAACAUGACCGCCAUCCAGUCCAGAUCACAGAAAUCUUACACCAUUCGAGUUGACCUGCCCAUCAUGGAUAAAGGCUUAAACACUUACUGCAAAUCGACCUCUAUCAAGAUUCACACACUAUUUCUGGAGCUGCAAAUGACAAUGAAUAUCUCCUAUCUCUCCCACACGGAGCAGCUGUCUAUGAACACGUUUGAAUAUAUUGAUUGUGGCACCAAUUCAACGAUCCCACAUCCUGUAAGCCGAUGAAACCAAAAUGAAAAACACCAAAGUGUGACAUAAUGAAUAUUCUGGCUGCAUUGUACUUUGUAUAGGAUGUGAAUGUGUGAAUGAUAACGUCUGCGAAAAUGCAUCCAAUCUUAUUCUGUAUGUUGUUUUAGCAUACCUGAAGUUUUUAAUCAGUCACUACAAAGUUGUAAUUUAAAAAUAUACUGUAGAUAGAUUAUUCAAAUACUCUUAUUCUAUGUUGAAUGAAUGUGUUUUCUUUGAGAUCUGCCUGUAAAUCUGUGUUGCAGGCAAAUUAGUCUCAUAAAAUUGUGUGAAACAAGCGGUUUCUGAAAUGCAAAGUGUUAAAACUGUAUUUUCAUGUUAAACCAUGUACAUUUUGUAAAAAUGUAACUAAUUUCACAACAGCUUACUUUUUUGGGCAGGAUGCCACACAUUGUGUAAACAGGAUGUUAAUUUCUGAUAAUUUUGUCUUUUUUCAUUUGCACUUUAUUAAACUGUGGCAUUUAA